CCGGUCGCGGAAACCUUCAAGUCGGCGGGGUCCCUGAGCGCUGCUGGAGUUGGUUGUGCAGGGGCUAGAGAAAGGAAGACGGGCGUGGCUGCAGGGCAGGUCUUGCAGAGCGAAGACUCAAAUCCAAGGUAAUGGCAAAACAUCUGAAGUUCAUUGCCAGGACUGUGAUGGUACAGGAAGGGAACGUGGAAGGUGCAUACAGGACCCUAAACAGAAUUCUCAGUGUGGAUGGGCUUAUUGAGGACAUUAAACGACGGCGGUACUAUGAGAAGCCUUGCCGCCGGCGACAGCGGGAAAGCUAUGAAACCUGUCGGCGGAUCUACAACAUGGAAAUGGCUCGCAAGAUCAACUUCUUGAUGCGAAAGAAUCGGGCAGAUCCAUGGCAGGGCUGCUGAGGCCUGUGGAUAGGACUCCCAGUAUGAAAACCCUCAUCUAGUUUGUGUCUUCACCUCUUUCUUUCUUCAACCCCAUUUUCUGUUACCUUUCUCUUAAUACAAUAAACUUAAUCACAUGUAUGCAA